GCCAGCAGCGCGCGGUUCCAAGCAGCGCAGGCCGUGGGACGCCAGAGAGAAAAUGGCGUAUCGAGACUUAGUGAGAGGCUGGCAUGAAGGAAUUCUGGCUAUGGAUAAGGGGGACUGGGAUUCUGCCUUGAAAAUCUUCUCCAGUAUCGAAGAGCCAUCCUCCAGGAUCUAUUUCAACAUAGGCUGUGUGCAUCUCUCAACAGGGAACCCUGAGGGAGCCUUGCAGGCCUUUGAUAAAACAGUUACCAAGGACAACCAUCUAGCUGUUGGCUUCUUUCAAAGAGGGUUUGUCUGUCUGCAGUUAGAAAUGUAUGAAGAAGCUCUGUAUGACUUCAGCAUGGCCCUCACUCACCUAAGAAAUAACCCUUUCAUUGACUACAAACAACUGGGACUAAGGCAUAUGCUCUGUGCCUGGGAGGUGCUGUACAAUACUGCAGCAGUGCAGUGCCGGCUUGGGCUGUGGCAGGAAGCUAGAAUAACCCUGGAGGAGGCUAUCAGACAGAGGCCUGAAGGAAGAACCACAAGCCUGGAUGUUGCCCUUGAGUGGGUGCAGAAUCAUCUCUUCCUGGAGCCCAUACAUGUUCCCCUUGGGGAAUUUUUCAGACCACGAAAGGAGGAAGUUGAGCAGCUGGAUUCAAAAGAUUUCCUGGGUAAACCCAAGGUGAUCUCCUCCGUCAUUCCCAAUGACGAGUACAUCGGAUUUGAGCCUCUCAGGCCACAGAGACAGGGCUUUUACGAACCCAGUGUCAAUGCUGUGCGAGACCGCGGCUCAGGUUACUAUCAAGUUGUGACUCAUUAUUACCCUGAGGACUCUGACGAGAUGGCAGUGAAGGGCAGCACGAUCAUCUUUGUACUAACUAAAGGGGCAGACGGCUGGGCUACCGCCAUAUGUGACGGACAGAAACUGCGUAUACCGACCUCUCACCUGGAGCCUGUUUAUGCCCCCAAGGCUGAUAAGUGGAAAGUCAGUAAUGGGAUCCCUCUUCCCCCCGUUAAAGUGCCCCCCAACCGGCCUCACUUGCAGGAAAUGGACCACCAGCAGCCAGGACCUGCUGAAGGAGAAGACACUGCUGCAAAUGAUGCUGAUCCGCAAGCAGACUUGCAGCAGGUCCCACUGGCUCAGGACAAAGCAUCCUCCAGCGAGAACAGAUCCAUCCUGCUGAAAGUCCACUGUGACUAUACAGUUAAAGUGAACAAGGCCCUGACCCUGUCAGACCUCAGGUCUCUGCUGAGGGAGACGUUCAGCCAGCAGGCAGAGCUUGGAAAGCUGAGCUGCAGGCUUUCAGACAGCAAAGAGUUAAUUGUGAUUUCGGGAGAAGAGGAGAUGGGGAAGAUGUGGCAGGAGGUGACAGAUGGGAGGCUGACACUCUGGUGCCAGGGCACAGAUGCCUGUUCAGACAGACCCGUUCUCUACAGGAUGGUAGCACACCACGGUUACACGGCGCAAAGGCCAGAGGAUCUGGAAUUCAAUGAAGGAGACACGCUGGACAUUCUCUCCGAAGUGAAUGAGGAAUGGCUUGAAGGCCACUGCAAUGGCAACUUUGGCAUUUUCCCCAAGUGCUUCGCUGCCCAGGCCAGCAUUGGGGCUGCCUGCCCUUAGAGAAGAGAUGCUUCUUCCUGCCAGACUCCACAAGGAGCCAGCUGGGCUGGGGACCCCACCUCACCUUACUCAUGUCUCCCAGAGAACAGGAGAAGCUUGCGCCAAUUCAUUCAGGUCUGACCAUUGCCAGCCCUGCUAGGUAUUUAAUGAAGCUGCCUACACAAGACGCUUCCCAGUGUGGGACCCCAUUAUCCAGAAACCCGGCAGGAUUCGUUUCUGUAGCAGAAAUAGCAUUUUCUAUGGCAUUUGUCUGGCCUCAGUAUUUCCCAAUAAUCAAAGUGAAAUGACAGGUCUGGCUGGGGAGUGGGGGUGAGGUGGGAUCUGGGUGCAAGACAGGGGGUGGUGUCUCAUGAAGGUCACUCUGAGAGGUGCUGACACAGCAAACGGAGUUUUCCCAUCUCAGACCUAGCCACCAGCUCUUUCUGUAGCAAGAACUUGGGAUUCAAAGAUGCAGAUUAAGUGGUAAGAAGAACCGGCUCCUCCAGAAGAGGGGGCCUGGCUAAGGCCUUAAUUCCCACUUCCCACCAGCUGCAAUAAAAGUGGGGGAAGCUGGACCUUGCCAUCACUGGAUAUGCCCACGCUGCGGUUACAUACCCACAGCUGGCCCGUGCCAGCUGACUCGGGCCAAGGGGCUGUUUGAGUGUGGUGUAGACAUUUGGGCUUGGGGCAAGUAAAUAGCUCCUUAGCUCGAGCCCCACGAGCGUGAGUCAGCUGGCACAGGCCUGCUGCAGGGGUCUAAUGGCAGUGCCGACAGACCCAUUGAGGCCAGACUGUGGGAGGCAAGAUGCCACUCAGAGGACAGGGAGGCAGGCUUGAUUCCCUGGGCCCAACGCAGUGUAAAAACAGCGCUGUUCUGGUUGGGGAGCAUUUCACACCCACUUUGCAUGGUUGUAAAUGAGUGCACAUGAAUCAGGCAUAGGGUGGGUGGCCCCUCCAAGCCCCAUGGAUCUACCAGAGGCAAAGGGCCCUGUGCCCAGACAUCUUGGGUUGUGGGGAUUGUCCCUGGUCAGGUGAACACUGGUGUUGUCCCAAUCGGUUCCAUGAAGUUGGGCCACAGCAGGGAGCUAGACCUUGAGGGACUGAGCACUGGGUUGGAGGGAAGGAAUGCAGGGUGGGGGAGAUGGACAAGUGACAGGAGCUGAGGCACUGUGGGGAGGGCAGCCAGAGAAACAGGCCUAGCAAAGCCCAGAGGGAUCAGGGAGAGCCAGAAGAAGGAAGUGGUCAGUGGAGCUGAAAGGAGCCAUGGGGGAGCUAAGAACACAGAGAGAGCGGGGCUCAUGGGAGUAGAUAAAAAUAACCUGGUGGGGGGGAAGGGGGGUGACCUAGGGUCUCUACUUUGCAAAAAGGGUCCCAGGAACUGCAGGGUGGUUCCUGGACACCAGCCCCUGGGGCUCGCUCAGCCCAUCAGCUAUGCAGUGCAUGAGCCUCUGGGAGCUCACUCAGCCCCCACUGGCCUCGGGGAGCUCCCUUGGCCCUCCUUUCUGCCUAGCCUCUCACUUGGCCCAAGCCUCUGGGGAGUUGCUCAGCCCAUCAAUCCUUCAUAGCCCUCACCUGGCUCAGGGCCCUGUGAGAUCACACACCGUCUCCGUUGUGCUAGGCCUCCCAGCUGGCACAGGUUGUGCAACCCAUGUACACCAUGGAGCCUUUGCCGGCAUGGGUCUCUGCACAGUGGCUCUGUCCCCUGACCCUGCAGCUCACUGACACCGGCCUGUGCACGGCGCAGGCUCUUUGAUGACACAGCCUCUCAGCGCUGCAGGGUGCUUACCUGGAACAGGCUGAGCAGGACACUCCUGCCCUCCACCCUGCAGGGCAGGGCCGGCUCCAGGGUUUUUGCCGC